AUGGACUUGGAAUCUGCGUCGGAACCUGGAACUUCUCAGGAUUUGAAUGCUGUUGAAAGGGUAAUGUAAAUAUUUUCUAUUACAUUUGAGUUUAGCUGAACUGGCAAACACCCAUCAAAAAUGUUUAUUUCAUAAACAUAGAAUAUUUAUGAAAUAGACAUGGACUGUUAUAGACAGUAUAGAAAUGCAACUUUUGCAGUUAUUAAAGGACCACUCUAUGCACCCAGACCACUUCAGCUUAAUGAAGUGGUCUGGGUGCCAGGUCCAGCUAGGCUUAACCCAUUCUUUUAUAAACAUAGCAGUUUCAGAGAAACUGCUAUGUUUAUGAAUGGGUUAAGCCUUCCCCCAAUUCCUCUAGCGGCUGUCUCAUUGACGCAAGCGUCCAUAGGAAAGCAUUGAUAAUGCUUUCCUAUGUGACCGGCUGAAUGCGCGCGCAGCUCUUCCCACGCGUGCGCAUUCAGCCGCAUGGGAGGAGAAUCGGAGGAGGAGAGCUCCCCGCCCAGCGCUGGAAAAGAUACGUUUUUAUCCCUUUCCCCCUUCCAGAGCCGGGCGGGUGGGGGCUCCCUCAGGGCACUAUAGUGGUCCUUUAAUAAUUUAUAAUUAAUUAUUAAUGUAAUAUUUGUAUUUUAUUUUAACAGAAACAGCAGUUAUUACAACGGCUUCUUUUACAAAAUGCUUCGAAGGAACCAUGCUUCCAAGAGACACCUCUCAGACAGUCGGCUCCUGAAGUUCCUACCAGCACUGAUGAAGAGGGCAGAAUUGGGAACACAGAUUGGUGCACCUGUGGAAACUGCAUUACGAUGCCAACCGCGGAGGAGUCAAUUUGUUGUAAAGAGAUUGAUAAUGUCGUAUGCCAGCUUGAAGAUGCACCGUGUAUUAUCCAUCAUACUUUCUUCAAGCAAUUCUGCCAGGAGGAUCUUGCCCACUUCCUCUACUGCUUCCUUGGCGUGGAGUCCCAGAGGCCUUCUGAAGCGUUAUUUAACAGGUAGGUAUCUUUUCUUACUACUAGGGAAUUGUGAAAUCCUUACCCUUGAAAAAUGAUUAUUUCAUAUAUGUACUCUUUAUGACUUAAUCAUUUCGAUUGUGUUUGUAUUUCACUAAAAAAAACUGACCCAAGUUUCUCUGUGUAGGCAAAUGAGGAAGACGGCAUAUCGAGGUUUUACCACCUGGAUUCAUGGGUACCUUGGACGAAAAAAUCGAAGGCCUAUUCCAUCAUGUGCAGUUCAUGCCAUUCGUACACAUUUCCCAGACCCAGAAAAUUCAUAUGUCGGAUUCAUUAGACUCCAAGAUUAUAAUGCCAUCGAUAUGGCUGAUGACUUUUGAAUUUUUUUUGGAAACAAUGUUUGUGUUACAAUUCAUCCUGAAUUUAUAUGUAAAAUAGUUU